AUGAAAGAAAAGAACAACUUUAUAGCUAGAAUAAAAUAUUUGAAUGAUUUACCACCGCCCCAAAUUCCACCAAAACUGUUAAAAUAUGACCAAAAACCAGAUGAAUUAGCACAAUCUUCCAAAUUAAUAACAUCUUUAUACACUAAAACCAACGUUAAUCCAUUGGUGAGAAUCAAUGAUGACUUGGGUAUGGAAUUGGAUUUGAUGAAAAUACCAGGUGUUUUGGACCAAAUGGAUGACAAAUAUUUGUAUGGGUUCGAUAACAUCAAAUUAGAACCUAAAGAUAGAGUUCUACUAAGGGAUCCCAGGGUAGAUAGAUUAACGAAAACCGAUAUAUCUAAAGUCUCCUUUCUAAGAAGAACAGAAUACAUGUCUAGCGCAACAUCUUCUAUAUCUUCUGCAGGAAAUGGUAUUGUUAGUAAUGGCAAUAGUAACGUCUUUUUAAAAAGGAAAAGAAUAUCACAAAAAGAAGAAGAGGAAGAAGUUGCGAAUGAUGCAGCUCGCUUGGAUAGUAAAAAGUUAGUACGUAGAAUUGAAUCUACAUUUGAUGAUUUGGGUACUAGCGGUAAUAACAAAAAUCGCAUUGAGCUUUUUAAACAUCCUACAAAAAAAAAUUUAAAAGCUGUUAAAACAUGGAGUUUAUUGCCAGAUACCGUUGCUAUGGAUCAAAAAUUUUUUUUAGUUAAAUUAGCGGGUAGUGCAGUUUUAGAUAAAAAAGAAAGAGAUUCAUUGUGUUUAGAAACUGCCAUUUUCCGGCCUGUAGAGUUGGAAGAGGAUGACUGGAUUUCCUUUUAUAGUACAGACAAGAAUAGUAGUAAAGAAUUAGCUAAAGGAUUAGAGCAACAACUAGAUGAAAUUACUGAACAAAACAGUGAUCCUACUAACAAUAGUUUCAAAUUUAAAAGGAUAAGAGAUUACAAUAUGAAUAAUAUUCAAUUGGCAUCAUCAUUAAAUGAAUUGUCUUUAACUUUUAAUGACGAGAGAGGCGUUGCUUAUUACAAACCGUUACAAAGCAAGAUUGAAUUGAAAAGAAGAAGGGUUAAUGAUUUCAUUAAGCCUUUAGUUAAAGAGCACGACAUUGAUCAAUUAAAUGUGACUUUGAAAAACCCAACUGCUGAAGAACAGCAAACCAAGGAUAAGAUAAGAUCCGAUUACGAUCCAAUAGAUUUUCCAGAAGUUUGA